AUGGAUGUGCUCAAGGGUCGCCUGGUCGGCGCUUGGUUCAAGUCCGCUUCAGCAAAAGAGGUUGGCGCCUAUGUCAGAGAGUGUGAAAGCCAUCCGCCUUCAAAGCUUGAGGCUAGCAAAGCCCAGCCAGCAUCUCAACCGACUGUGGAGCCCGCUCAAGCCUUGCCUGCUCUGGACCCAGCUCUGAAAGUCAACAAGAAAUCGGUUACGCUGGAUAUUUUUGGUUACCGCUCCAAGAUUUCAGUGCCUCAAGAUGCUCCAACCCUCGUUGAUGCAGUCAACUUGUGUGAGCAGCGCAGGCUUGCGGCAGUGAACAAGCACAAAAGCCUGACAACUCUCAAGCGGCCAGAAUUGCUGAAGCUUUGUGCUGACAGCUCUUUGAGCAAGAAGGGCAACAUGCAGGAGCUCCGGGACCGCCUGACUGCUGAAUUCUUGAAUUUGGCGACAACAAAAGACAUUGAGUAUUGGGUAUUCACAGACUUGGAUAAAGGUCCAGCCCUAGGCGGUGCAGCAAGGGAGCGUUUGGAAGAGAAACUCAACCAAGCAUGCAGCAAGUCCACUGAGUUGGAACAAAAGAUCCAAAAGUUGCAGCAGGUGGCAAAGAAACUGUCGUCUCAGGAACUUUUGAAUGGAGAGAACGUGGCAGGAUUUGAAUUGAUGUCCAAGCUUGGCCUUGACAACGCUGACCCAUUUCUCAGUGAAGCUUUGCCAACUAUUGUCACCAAUGCCUGUGAAGACUAUCCAAAUCAGGACGGUGAGCCUUUUGCAGGUGAUUUUUGGAAUAGACCCGUGCCGGCGCAGGCUCUUCUGCAGUACACGUAUUUCUUUCUGAAAGAUAUUCAGGAGGCAUACAAGAAGACUAGAGAGAAGUACACCAAACUGCAGGCCCAGUUUGCCAAGCUUACUGACAAGCUUGAUUCUACCAAAGCCAAAAGGAAGCAACAUGCAGAGACGGGGCUCAAGAAGGUCGAGAAGAGCAGACAACCUGAUGCGCGUGAACUUCACUUGGCAAGAAGGAAUCAGAUCAACAGGGUCAGAAGAGGUGUCAAGAAGCAGAAGAAAGUCAGACCAGAGGAGUCACUUUCAGAGGUACCAAAAGCACGGAGAGCACUCACCAUCUACCAAAAGAUGCAAAUUGUGAAGUAUGCAGAUGAGGUCUGCGUGUUGCGCAAGCGUGCGCGAUUGCAGAAGUGGUCUUUGCUGACGGAGGCACAACAGCGGAGCAUGUUCAGUCUAACGGAUGAAGUGAAACAAAGCCUCAAGCUUGGCGCUGACACCAUCAAGGGCUGA